UCCCCCUCCUCCUCCCCCCAGAAGAAAGCGGCGGGCUGGGCGCUCUGGGGGCCCGGAGAGGAGGUGAGGCUUAGCUUGGCGGGCAGGAGGGAGCCCCCGGCCCCCCCACCGAAUAUUGGCUGUGCAGCUUCUCCAAGGCGCCCCCCGCGAGCAUGUGCAGAGUGCAGCCCCCCUGGAGAGCCAGGCCGCAGGGGGAGCAUCUGAGCAUGUGCUGAGGACCCUCGGGGGCGACUCUAAGGGGCAGAGCACGUGGGGCGGGGGGCAGGCUCCACCGGUGAGGGAAGAGCUGCUGGAGUCAGUCAGAGCAGAACCCAGCGGACCCCGCGCUCUUGCUCCACCUCUCGAAAACAACGCUUCAUUCAGGUAGCAACUGAGUCCUGAAUCCAGCCAGUGUGGUUUUCUUCUUCCAGGACUCGUAAUACAGGGAGGCCUCUGCGAUCCUCUGUCUUUUGACUAACGGUUUCUCCCUACCACGAUGGCAACUCCGGCCAACGCCCAGAAUGCCAGCAAGACCUGGGAGCUGAGUCUCUAUGAGCUUCACCGGACUCCCCAGGAGGCCAUCAUGGACGGGACAGAGAUUGCCGUCUCCCCCCGCAGCCUGCACAGCGAGCUGAUGUGUCCCAUCUGCCUGGACAUGCUGAAGCACACCAUGACCACCAAGGAAUGCCUCCACCGCUUCUGCUCUGACUGCAUCGUCACGGCGCUACGUAGUGGGAACAAGGAGUGCCCGACGUGUCGUAAGAAGCUGGUCUCCAAGCGCUCCCUGCGGCCGGACCCCAACUUCGACGCGCUCAUCUCCAAGAUCUACCCCAGCCGGGACGAGUACGAGGCUCACCAGGACCGGGUGCUGGCCAAGCUCAACCGCCUCCACAACCCGCAGGCUCUCCGGAGCAGCAUGGAAGAGGGGCUCAAGAUGCAGGCCAUGAACAGGGGACAGCGGGUAAGGAGGCACCCUCAGGAGUCGGACAACACCACCUUCAGCGGGGCAGAGGACAACUGUGACAGCCGGUCCCAUCUCAGCAAUGUCUCGGCCCCCAGCCAGCCCGAGGCCGGGCCCAGCCGCAAGCGUUCCCCAGCCUCUGACGAGUCGUGCCCCGAGCCGGAGACCUCGCACGAGGGAGGGCGGGGGAGCCCUGAGCCAGGGCUGGAGCCCAGCAGCAGCGAGAUCGAGUUGGUCUUCCGGCCCCACCCUGUCUUGGUGGAGAAGGGCACCUACUCCCAGACCAGGUAUGUCAAGACCACGGCCAACGCAACAGUGGACCAUCUCUCCAAAUACCUGGCCUUGCGCAUUGCCCUGGAGGAAGCCCCGGGGCCUGGCCCAGAAGCCCCCGCCCUGGAAGACGUGAGCGAGAAGCAGUACACCAUCUACAUCACCACGGCCGGGGGCGCCUUCACGACGCUGAAUGGAUCCGUGACCUUGGAGCUGGUGAACGAGAAGUACUGGAAGCUGAGCAAACCCCUGGAGUUGUACUACGCCCCCACCAAGGAGCAGAAAUGAUGGCUGGACCCCAGAGUUGUGGACUGCAGCGUGUGGGUGGGGUGGGGGUGCUGGCUUUGCCCACAGGGGCCUCUCCGAGGCGGCAAGAGGCCCUUGUAGAAGAUGACGCUUUGCGGGGGAGCAGGGCGGGAGAGUGCUGGGUGGGAUGGCUGAGUGGCUGCCCCUGCUUCUUUCUCCUCCACCUCUACGACCACCCCGCAAAACAUUCUGGCAUUCUCGCCCUCCCCGCCCGCCCGCCCGCCCCAAGCAAAGUCCUGUGUCCUCAGGAAGGGUGGGGCGCCCCUCCGUUCUGGCUUCCCCCUCCGGUGAAUGACUGACGCCUCCUGCCCCCUGCUGCUGCCCUGCUCCAUGCUGCUGGUGCGGGUGGGAUGGAGAGGGGUGCGGCGGCUUCUGAAAUAGGUUGGUUUUUUGUGUUGUUGUUUUUUUAAUAGCCUUUUUACAGUUUUUGGGGGGGUUUUUUGGUGGAAUUGAAUCCAUCACAGUUUUCUCGCCCCUUUGAAAGGCGCUGCCUGGAGUCUGUCUCUGUUUUGGAGUUGGAGGGGAGGGAGCAGUGGCCCCCCACCUCCACCCCAAGGGGGUUCUGUCCUAGCCGUCUCCCUCCACCCACCGUGAGCAGAGCUGGGCAUAGGAGCCGGAACUCCCUUCCUCUUCCAUGGGGACCAGGGAAGACCCGGCUUUCUGCUCUACUGGAGGACGUUUCCAGUUAGGGAGCUGGGAGCGGGAGCUGAAGACCUGUGGCUCGAAGUCAGAGAGGCGAGAGGAGGCGGGAGUGCAGGUCACAGCAGACCCAGCCAUGCAAAUUGAUCUGUGUGGGAAGGAAAGAAGCCCAAGGUGGGGAAGAAAGGGCCCAGGUCGGCAACUGCUCUGAUGGAAAAGGUGGAGGGAUUAAACAAUCAGGCCUGUGUGGAGUCUGCAGUCAUUUGAUCAAUUGAAAUGCAUUGGAAAUCUUGCUGCAGGUGCUUUUGGCUGCAGGAUAUCAUGCAUGACACCCCCCCCACGAUAUCCCUCCCACCCCUGAUUCUGGAUUCAUCACUCUUUUCCUUAAGUGCAGGACUGCAGCAAUUAGGCCUGGAGAUACCCAAGGGAGUUUGCAAGAGUAAUCUGUGGGGAAAGGCCUUGUUUAGGCAGGAAGAUGAAAAGAGGGUGGCUUGGAGGAGAAUUUGCUCCCAUCAAUGCUUGUGCGGAUGCUUUAGACUGAGUCAGACUCUUGGUCCAUUUAGCCAACCCUGUCUGCUCUGAGUGGCAGCAGCUCUUCAGGAUCUUGGGCAGAGAGAGGCCCCUUUCCUAUCCCUGCUGUGAAUGUGUUGCUGCCAGUCAGGGAUUGAAACUGGGGUGCUGAUGGUUCACACAGAGGAGGUGCUCUUCCCCAAGCUGUGGCCCCACCUGCAGCCUUAUAGUGCUUUGGCUGCAGCUGCUUACCUGGGACUGCCUGUAACCAUCUUAACACUUCCAUAUUCAGUGAGGCUGAAUCGUUCCGUGGACAGUCAAUUAAGGCUGUCUCACUAUUCUUCAUCCAAGUCCUGGGUGCAGAUCUUCUCACCGGGACUCGGGAACUGCACAGGAAACUUCCCCCAAGAGUGCUUUCUCUCCUGGGUUCCAAGGAGAUGUGGAAGCUGUUCUCACGAUCACUGAAAAGCGGGCCAAGGGAGCUUAGCCUGCUUUCCAGGGAUUGUGGGAACCACCAGGCGAGCCCGGUCCUCCCAAGGUGGCUAGCCUGCAUAAUUUCCCCUCCCCUUAGACGAGGCUAACAGAGCGACCACUCCGCUAACCUCAUCUUUUUGCUCGUGUGUUGCCACGGCACGCAGCCACACAUGAGUAGACCCCCCCAACUGGGAGGCUGCAAACAGCCUCCCGGGCUCAGGGGUCUCUCCAGCCCCCGCCAGCUCCGUGACGGAGCCACCACUCGUGUGGGCAGCCGAUCCGGCCGCCCAGGGCUGCCUCUUGAUCGUCUGCAGGAAGAGCAGGCUAAGCCCACUCUCCCCGCAGAACCCCCUCCUCCGUGAAGGUCUUGAGGAAGCCCGAUGAGGAAGCUGUCAUUGUGUUCUGUGCUACAGUUGGGAGGGGCUGUGACUUGAUAGCAGAGCCCCUGCUUUCCAUCCCUGGCCUCUCCAGGGAUGCUGCUGCCAGUCAUUGGUCCCAAGUGUAUGACUCAGUAGGAGGUGGCUUUUAUGUUCAUGACAGAAGGGAGGGGGCAUUGUCCUGGGAAGAAGCUGCCUCCAAUCACAAGAGAGGAUCUUGGAUGACCCUUUUCUAUUUAUUAUAAAUCUUAGCAUAUCAGAGUUGCCACUUUUGCACUCUUCGUCUCAAAGGCCUUACGGUCCUCACUGCCUUCAUUGUGACUGUGACCUCUGGAGAGGGAAAUCCUUUUGCUUCCCACUUUGCAGAUGAAGAACUGAGACCGAUGCAAGCAGGUUGCUGGCUCAGGGUGGAUGGGGCCAUCGCUCAGUGGUAGAGCAUCUGCUUUGCAGGCAGAGGGUCCCAGGUGGAAUCUCUGGCAUGUCCAGGGAGGGGUGAGAGAGGUUCCGAGACUUGCCUGAAAUCUUGGAGCACUGCUGCCAGUUGGAUGUAAACAAUACUGAGUUAGAGGGACCAAGGGUCUGACUUGGUAGAAGGCAGUUUCCUAUCUAAUCUUUAUUGAUGGGGCCAUCGCUUAAUGGUAGAGCAUCAGCCUUGCAUGUAGAAGGUCCUAGGCACAGGUCUGAUCCAGGCCACGUGUGAGUGCAUGGAGCCUCAUUUCUGAAGCCAUCAUCCUAUACCAGACUGUACAAAGUCUUUACAUGGCAUUGAAGUGAAGAUGAGCACCUUAACUUGCAAUUUCCAUUCUUUUAUUUAGAGCACGACUGAAAAUGUACAGCAGCUUAACUCCCAUUUUAAACCGAAGGCUUUUGGAUUAUUGCAUUUCCAGGUGUUUUAAAAAGGAAAUAUGAUUAGACACUAUGGGGCAGAGGUUACCCAAACCAUGUGGUAACCCUUCCUGUUGUUGAACACCAAAAACUUUGUAAAACCUUCAACUAAAAUAAAGUCACACUCCCCGCCC